GAAGGCAGCGCACACCUGGCACUCAUUAGGACUGUGCCAUUUCCAGCCAUGCUCAGACUUAAGCGUAACAUGCUUCCCUUUGAUGAACUUACACAGAAAAUGACCUCCUUCGUGAUUACGUUCAUCUUUUUCAUACUGGUGCCCCAUACUAUAUCGUUUGGACGUUGCGACGAUAUUUCCUUCUCAGUGUGCUGGAUGAGCAAAGGCGAUGCUCUGGAGAGGCACAUUGGAAACUUAUGGCUCAAUGACACGGCACUGAAAUCCAUCAGGAGGGUGGGUAAAGUGACCUCCCUGACGGUGUCCCCAGCUGUAGAAAACAAGCUAACCCUUCUGUAUGGAGGCUCUGUUCAGGCAUGGACUUUUAGAAUCACCCCACGUACAAAGUUCACUGAGGUCAGAGGUCGGCAGAAACCCCUACGGCAACCAACAAGUGCCACUAAGGCCAUCCUGGAGUCAGUGGGUCCCACUGAGGUGUUUGCAUGUGAGAAUGGCACGGUCUACUUCCACCAGGAUGAAAACUUCUUCCUUGCAUUUGGCCACACUACACGUCUCCCUGUCAAGCUCGAGUCCAGGACUACCUCUAUGUUGCUGGUUUCCUGGGUGGAGAGCCUCCCAGCGGUCAGCAGCAGCCACACUGUGACCCUGUAUCACACUGAACUGGGCUCCUAUAGAACCCUCAGCAUGGACACUACCGCCAACAACCACUACCGCUUCACGGCACUGGACUCCUGCACCACCUACGUGGCCUGUGCGGAGACUGAAGGCACUCACUCCUUCACCUGCCUCUCCACUAUUACUGACCCAGACAUUCCCAAGGACUUUGAGGUGACGUCAUGGAACAGCAGCAGCAUAUCGCUGGCCUGGGACUGCCCUCAGAACCGCAAGUUCUCCUCUUUCCUCCUCACCGCCUUCUACCUCAACGGUGUGGAUCAGAUCACAGAGGAGGCGCUCUUGUGGCACAGGGAGGACAACUUUGUGUUCACCUUAUCGGACCUGGAGCCCUGUAGCAGGGUUAAGUUUGGCCUGCAAACGGUUUGCCAGGCAGGGAUGGAGUCCCGCUACAGCAAGAUGGUCCUAAACGAUGGAAACUCUGCUCACUCCAGCAUCGAAGCCUUACGUCAGACAUCGUUUGGCCCCGACAGCUACACCGUGAGCUGGAAAGUGAGGAACACAUCAUCCAUCUCCAUGUUCAGAGUCUACCACCAGGAGGAGCUGCAGGGCACAACACUCCUCACCAACUUCUCUGUAGGGGGCCUGCUGCCAUGCCAACAGCACCAAGCCAAGGUGGAGGCGCUGUGUGGAGAUGCUGUGCUCAUGAGUACCAAGACGGUCACAGCACACACAGGACCUCUUGGUGUGUCUGAGCUGAGAUAUCGCUCCAACGACUCCACAGCCGUGUGGACGCCAGGCACCACGCACCGCCCAGCUGUUGCCUUUUUGUAUGAGCUGUCUCUGGAAGACGGCACCACCAUCCAGAGCAGCCGUGUGACUGACACAGAGCUACAUCUCCCAGGGCUGAAGGAAGGGAAGACCUACGUCCUCGACGUGUGGGAGGAAUGUGAUGGGCAGUGGGAGUCGGAACAUUCUCACAUGGGCUUCAAGGGAGUAAAUUCAUCCUUUGAGCUCAUCGUGAGGGCUGCUGGACCUGCUCUGACCCAAGAGCUGCAGGUCAAUAUGUCCAGCAUUGGUCUCAUGAUGGUCGUGCCCUGGAGACUGCCUGAGGAUCUGCAGGAUGACAUUUCGGAGCCUAGAGUUAAAAUAGAAAAGAUUUUCAAAGAUAAGCUGCAGGAGCUGAUGAAAGACUUUGAUCAGCCAGCCCGUGUUGAGGUGGCCAGCUUUGAACCUGCAGACGAGCCAGACAAAACAGAGAUUGUGUUUAUGUCUUUCGAUGCAUCCAAUACCGAAGAGGACGUGCCGCUGCCUAUUGAAGAUCAGCUGAAUUACAUUCGCUCCCUGAAUGCAAACAUGACCGUUACAGAUGGGGUCAUUUACUGGGACGGUCUUGAUCUGUGUGCUUCCUCCGAGCAAACUCUGUGUCCUCAUAAUUCUCUGUGCGUCAGCACUCUGGGCUCCUACACCUGCAUGUGCAAACAAGACUACUACGAUGUGAGCUCUGUCAUCGAGCGUCCUGCAGCAGCAUCACAGCCCAUCUGCAAUGAAAAAGGCCUUUUCAGCCAGUGUCUGGAGAAACUGGUAACUGGUGGAAUAGCAAAACCCUACCUGACCUCUCAUGUCGGGGGAAAGGUUGACGUGAGGCUGAACGAUGGGCGGUGCAGUGUGGAUGAAAGUGAGAUGUUCUACUACUUCCGCACCUCACGAAAACCCUCUGAGUGUGGAACCAAGAGGAGGGUAAACAAAACCCACAUAGAAUAUGAAAACACUCUGAGCGUGACCUUGACCAGAGAGCUGACAAUCAGCCGAAGGGACCUAAAAGUCGUCUGGAAGUGUGUCUACCCACGACAUUAUGUUCGCAAUGCUCAAGUUGGUGUGGAUAUGGAGUGGAUCUCCUCAGUCUCCCUGGUGGAGUUCAACUCUUCACUGCAGCUGGGUCUGACCAUGACUCUGUACACUGAUGAGUCAUACACCUCCAGCUACAGGGAUGUCAUAAACCUGGGGCUAGAGGACACCCUGUUCCUCCAGGUGGCCCUGCAGACCAACAACUCUUUUGCCUCAGACGUGCUCCUGCAGGUGGACUCAUGCUGGGCCACUGAGAGCACCAACCCACAGGACGCGGUGCAGGGUGUUCUUCUUAAGGAUGGCUGUGUUGUUGACAGCACGUUCCACUGGCUCUCUGUUAACGGCCUGGAACAGAAAAGCAGAUUUUCUAUUCAGAUGUUCACCAUGCCUCAAGGGUUGCCUCUCUACAUUCACUGCCUGGCCAACGUUUGUGGACUUGUUGAAGACUGUACAAAGAAUUGCAGCAGCCAGCAGCGCACCAAGAGGUCAUUGAGCCACAUGGACCGAGAGGGGAAACGAGCUGCCGUUGUGUCUGCUGGACCUCUGAUGGUCAACAAGAGGAUGACGACAGGAGUCCCACCAUCUCAGUGGGCAGAGCACAUGACAAUGAUCUCCAUUGUGGCGGGAUCAAUAGGCUUUUUGGGAGUAACUGUGCUCUUAGUGAGCGCAACCAAAGCAAUCAUGACUUACUAUGAGCGACUACAGCUGCAAUAA